UAUAGGAAAUGUUGUUGUGGGACUACUAUGAGACAUGAGUAGUUAAACCCUCGCAUUAUUUUGGCUUUAUUAUUAUGACUUUAAAGUUUGGUGGAUGUACACAUCAUACUUUCCGUAAUUUGUUGAAUAAUCAAGGUUGAAGAAUGUGUGAUAUUAUUGAAGUUACAACGUUACCAGUUCAUAAAAGUAUUUCAUAUAAAAUAUCGGGAAAUGGUCUCGUCUUUUAUGUAAAGAGUGGAGGAAGAGGUGGUGCAGUAGUUGGUUUAUCAAAGUGGCCUAACAGUCUAUGCAAUUAUUGGGUGUACAUUGCACACAAUAGCUAUACAAAUAUUAAGAGUGCACAUGAGACUGAAUUUAAUUUACAUGGAGAAUAUACACCAGAACUUUUGUCUGAUAGGCACUACACAAAAUUUUGGCUGACUUGGAACAAUGAUGUCAUUAGUUUGGGAAAGGAAAGUAACACAAAACCAAUCACGAGCAGAAAUAAUUGUAAUGUGAAGAAAUUAUCAUAUGUCACAUUAUCCAGUUGUGAAAACCGAGUAUAUUGGAAACUUUUAUUACCACCAGUAUUGCCAGUACCACAUAAACAGUUGCUAAGUGUUGGUAAGCUACAGUGGGUGACUGCAAAUGACCAAUUACCAGAUGGGUCAGUUAUAGGAGGAUAUGAAAAUGAAUUCCUUUAUAUAAUUAGGUCUCCACAUAGAGGAUCUCUCACUCCCGGAAAAUUUGUUCCAUCUCUUGGUGUUGGGUUCAUAUCAUGGGGAGGUGAGGCUUUGGAAAAGAAUGACUUAGAGGUUUUAUGUGGAGUUGACUGUGAAUGGAUGCCAACCAACAAUGAUAGGAUACCAGUCAAAGCUGUGGAAGCCGGUUUCUCAGAGGGCUAUGACACAGAGUUACUUUAUGUAGGCAGGGCCAAGCAUUUAGGACACAUCAUUCCAGGCAAAGUACAACCAUCACAUAAAGUCUGCUACAUCCCAUAUGACGGCCGUGAGAUUGCAAAGACGGAGUAUGAGAUUCUUGUCUGUGAAUCAGUAAAUGAACAUGCUGCUAACAAAGUAUUUUUAACAUUAGAUCAUGGGGCCGUUCUGGUUUUUGAGUCAGAUGACAGUAUAAAUGAAGAUGUUUAAAAAUAAAGUUAUCUAAAUAAAUAGGUA